AUGUUAGUAGACACCAAGCAGCACCAUCCCCUUCACUGUCCAUUCAUGGCUUCCUCUGCCAAAUCUCUCUCUCUCCUCCUCCUUCUCACCCUUUUAUCCUCUCUGCAUGUACAUGCCAGAGAAAGCCAGUUUUUCAACAAAGUCCCAAGUAACACCAACAACAAUGGUGUCAAAGAGAUAGAAGUCCCCAGCAAGGAAGAACCCUUGAACACACAAGAGCAGGAGCCAAGCUUCAUCCCACAAAAUGAAAAUGGCUACGGCCUUUACGGUCAUGAGUCCGGCCAGCUGCCGCCCGCCACCACCACAUCUGGUGGUGCACCCUACAAAACCACCACCACCACCACCAACAACAACCACCUUCCAUACAAAGCUGAAUCUGAAGUGCCCUUCAACAAGGCUGGCUUGCCAGAUAAUUACAACACUGUGGCCUAUGUGACUAAGCCACAAGGCUACACCACCCCAACCAACCAGAACAACUACAACUAUAAUGGUGGUGACGCCUAUAGCCACCAGCCACAAGGUAUGAGUGACACCAGGUUCAUGGACACAGGCUACACCACCCCAGCCAACCAGAACAAAUACAACUAUAAUGGUGGCGACGCUUAUAGCCAACAGCCACAAGGUAUAAGUGACACCAGGUUUGUGGACCGAGGCUACACCACCACCACCUCCACCACCGGCAAGAACAACAACAACAACAACUACUACAAUGGUGGCAAUAGUUACAAUCCCCAGAAGCAAGGCAUGAGUGACACAAGGUUCUUGGAGAAUGGAAAGUACUAUUAUGACCCCAAGCACCCGCACCAAAAGUAUAAUCCCAAUGCUUAUCAGAACUCAAGAGGAUUUGAUUCAAGGAAUGAGUAUAACAAGAAGGGCUAUUAUGGGAAUAGCUAUGAUAAUUCAGAUGAGUUUAACAACUCCAUGGAAGGGUACCAGAACCAAGAUGAGUUCCAAGAUAGCCAAGAUGAGUUCAUGCCUUGAGCUCUUCCUUUAGAAUCAAGUGAGCAAAAUGAGAUGGAAUUCAAUUGUCAUCUUUGAAUGCUUUCCAUGUUUAAUUAUGGCUUUUAGUAUACUUUAAUUUAUGGGUUGUUUUUUGUGCUUUCAAAGUUUCCAGGGUUUGAAAACCAAAAAUAUAAUUAAAGAGUAUGAUUUUGUAUCUGGUGGUGAACACUAUGUAAUUCAAUAAAUUGUAUAUUAGUGAAGCUUGUGUGUUCCUCCUCUGGUGGGGUACAAGAUACAUUACACAUCAUCUUUUUUUUUUUUUUUUUU